AUGCCAUCGGCGGAUUCGAACUACUUUCCCUCCCUUGACAAAUGUCUCGCAGGCGACGUGAGGCUGAUAUCAUGGCGGACGGCAUAUCGCGCAAUCAACGAUGAAGAGACCGCAAUCGAGAAUUCGCACCUGGAGCGUUUCAUGAACGACAACGAAACCAUCAGCCGGCUCAAAAGCGCGCUCGAUCCCUUCCAAGCACCUGAUACUGGCAGUGCCACGCAAUUCGACACAAAAACCGCGCCGAUCAACGUAUCGCAGAAUGGAUAUGGGGACUACAAGCUGGACGAGAUCAAGGCGGAUGCGAAAUGGCUGUCGAAAGAGGUGAAGAUACAAGAGCUCGUAGCACUGCGUAUGGCUAUCAUCGAGUGGCAAGAGAGGCCGGCGGAUGAACUCUUGAGUGCGGCAUCUGCGGAUCCAGAUUCAACCCUGAAUUCGAAUGCUCUUGCUAGCUCUGUGCUAUCGAAGAGUACGCUUAAUCGCGCGACCUCUACAUACGGCAGUUCUCUUCGACCUGCGUUGGACUUUGCGGAUGAAAAUGUACGGCGCCGGCGACUCCUCACUGUAUUUUUCAGCGAGAAGAGCUUUAUGCUCAAGCUGAGCGCGGAUUUAGUGAGCCGAGACGCAGUCACCAAGAGUAAAGUUCAAGGUCAUCCAACGGGUUCGCUGCGAGAGCACACGAACAAGUCCUGGAUCGACGAGGUUGCAAAAAAAGUUGCGGAUGAAAUGAUUGUCAACCACAGAAUGGCGGAAGGCAACUUGUUUGUGAAGAAAUGCAUCAAUCGAUUUGAUGCACUCAUGAAGCAAGUCGACGACGAACAGUCGUGGCCAGGCGCUUUCAAAGAGGACCAAACCAAGGCGCAGGACUUUGUCGACUCGCAGCUCUCCGAGAUCAUUCAAGUUUUGAGAUUCCUUCUUGCCGCACUCUAUGCCUUGGACGGCGCCCCACAACCGGGGGCCGCGAAGGCGUGGUUCACGGCAAUGGACACAUACGGAUUUCUGCAGGAAGGGAGACCAUUCUGGGCUGCCAUGGAAGUCCCGCAGCUUCUCGUCUCGAUCGUUUCCCUUGAGAUGCUGAAGUUACAUCUCGUGAUUGGGGAGCUGAUGAGCGCCGCUGGAGUUCCUACGGCGCCGAUUCAAGGCAACUCCUAUAUCAGGGAUGACGACUGCGUUAAGUACCUCAACGGACUAUUUCACAACUGUGCUAUCGCAAAAGUCCGGCUUGCCGCUCCAGCAAUUUACGCUUGGAGCAUCAUCGUAGCCGUCAUUGGCGACAUUGCCACACUACACCAGGAGUCGAGAGCGCGAGCACUCGAGGAGGCACCUAGUAGAAGCUCGCGCGAUUUACGGUCCGAAUUUGAAAAGUUGAACGACUCGAUCGCUAUCCCGGAAUGGAUCACCCAGACCACUGACACGCCUGGUGCUUUCGCUUCUUUUGCUGUGGACGAGAUGAAUCUAUUUGAACUCAUCACGAUUCUAGCCAACGCUGCAAGCGCAUCGCUAGCUUCUAAUGGAGAGGCUGAUACGGCUUUCAUUUGCAAAGAAUCCCUCUUGGACCUGACCAGGGAUGGAGCGCCAUUCUUGAAAUAUGAAGCACCUAUUCUGGAGGCGAUACUCUCUCUUAUUACAUAUUCUCCAUCCGAAUUGAGUCACAGCAGUAGACUACACGCCAAUGUAUUGGCCGGCAAGCUUUUCUUCGAUGUGGAGCAACUGAGGCCAGCUGUGAUCGAUCAGGCAUUGGCGAGAUUUCCCUACGAGCUGUCCCCUGUGCUACGGCUUUUCACGGCGUUCGCGAGCCUACAAAGCAAGUUCAGCAGUCGAGUGGGCCCUCCAGAUGCUAUGCGAAUGCUCGAUGAUCUCCGAAGCUACACUCAGAGUGUGCACACUCACUUCGACGCUUAUCAGCUGGAACAUGAGGAAAUGGACUCUAAUAGCAUAAGACUAACUGCGAACCUGGAGGUCUUUGUGCCCCGGCAAGAACUUAUGUCUUUGCAAACAACAGGAGGCCAGAGACAGCUCCCAUGGCAUCUACAACAGCAAGAGUCUACAAUCUUUGCGGUGCCGGCAGGCACCGAGGGCACCAUCGUUAAAGAGUCACGGCCCUUCGUAUUCAAGCUCGAGCAUCGUUACUCUGGCGUUGAGUAUCUGGGCAUGCUGCUGUCCACAUAUCCAGGCAACGGCGAGCUGGUUCCAUCUGCGCCAGGCGCGUUGCUUGACAAGGUCACUGCAGCGGAAAUAGUAGGCCUUUUCAAAGAGCUUCUGACAGCGGCCCUGAAACAAGGCCAAGACGUCAAAGAAGCAGUCUGCUGUCUUGAGCGCAUGAGCCAUGCUUUGAAAGAGGACCAGGAUAUCACUACGAUUAUCGCUAACAUCUUUGAGACCGAGCUGCUGGCACACCUUGAUCAGACGGCAGAAGAUGGUUCACUCGAGCUUGUGACUGCUUGCACAGAAUUUUUGACCGUUCUGGUUGAUGUCUCGCCGGAGACAGUGUGGGCAAUCUUGGCACGAAGCAGCUUGCUUGGGCUUGCAGACGGCGCAACCUCGCUGGCGUCUGUAGUUGGUGGUUCGGAGGUUCAAAUCGGGCGCUUCAGCUUCCUGUUGGCAUGCGUUGCACUGCAUGAAUCUGUUCUUGAGGAUGCGCUCACUGGUCUGGUAAAGCGCAAAGUCCAGGGACCCCGGACCACGCACCGAUACGCUGAGCCUGUUGGGAAUCGAGACAUCACACCGGAGCGGACCAUGAGCAAAGUCCUGAACGCCUUCCAGAAGAUCCUUCUGGAUGUUCUGCAGAAUAUUUCGGAUUGGAGAUUUGAACUACCACGCGAAAGGUGUAUGGUGGUUGAUGGAAUACUGUCUGCCUUCACAAGACUUUUGCGAGCCACAUAUGGCGUGCAUGCUGCAAAGGAUCCAUCAGAGCGUCUAACGAAUGUCCUGGCGCCCGCCGCGGACACAUUGUUGAAUCUUUGUGUCCCAAAUACUGGAGUCAGUCCUUUGGUGAACACUUUCCGCCAAUUGCUCCCGGAUGGACCGUUAAUCGCAGAUGAUGCAAUCUCAAUGCACCUGCGCGAAAUGUUGAUAGGGCAGGUCAGAGUGACUUUUGACUUUCUUACAAUACUGUUGAGGGCAGGAAAGAGCGGCAUUGACUUAUUGGCCAAAGUGAACAAAGCUGGAGACAUUCAUUACGUCUCUGAAUCCGAGAACAACGGUGGCACCAAGGGAAAGAGUUUGACUUUCGAGGACAGACAGGACAUGGCUCAACAGCGCGCGAUUUCGCUAUCAUCAGAACUCCUGAAGAGUGUACCGAGGCUGGCUUCGCUUUUGGCGAGUGACCACGCUUUCAAAGGCGAGCUCUUCACUCUGCUUGGGGAGCUCCUCCUGGUGGUUGGCUCCAGCGAUCAAGACCCGCCAUCAGUAUUGGCAACGCUGGGCCCGAAUGCUCAGAAGUCUUUCUUGCAGCUGGUCACUCAGCUCGAUCGUCCUCUCUGCGAUGUGCAAAUCGAGCGCCAGGUGUGGAACUGUCUGACGAACGUCAUGACCAGUAAGCAGCAGUGGUUUGCGGUCUACCUAUUGACAGGGGAACUACCGAAGAAGCGACUUGAGGGUCCAGGCGCAAGUACUGCUAAGGGCAAGACCAUUCUGAGCUAUGUGUUGGAGCAGCUCUCCUCCAUUUCUCUCCUGCCGCCCGAACGCGCCAUCGGAAUGCUGAAGUUCGUUGCCGCUGCGCAGCAGACAUGGGUCUGGGCAUCGAGUGAUAUCCGAUCACACUCUGGCUUCAUCAAGAACGCGUUGAACUGGGUUGACACCCUCCCGAAGUCUGCUGAGAACCCAACUAAAGGCUCAUCUAUUGUAAGAGCAAAAGAGCUGGAAAUGGCUUCUUGCCUGUGCGAGAUACUUGCAUUAUGCUUACAGGCCAGCCUUGAAAUCGGAGACAAGACCCUUCUCAAGUCCAUCACGCAACGGCUCGACUUCCUGACAACGUGUGGCGUCCAAGUGAACGCGUACAACAGAUCGCUCCACCGCAGCCUAGCAGCCAAUCUCAAGAAGAGGUUUCCGGAGAGUGAAUUGUCCGAUUUCCAGCGCACUGCGGUCAACCCGGCGCCUCUUGGCACAGAUUUCUUCUACGACAUCGACCUUGCGAGCAGCGUUCUUGGGCAUGACCCCGCAUGGUUUGGGGCGGACCCGAGUCGUGACCAGGGGUUCUUCGAGGAGUUUACUCGUGCGAACGCGAAUUUGAGCCUCGUUCAAGCUCAGACGCGGCUUCUCAAGAGCUGGAAAAGUCUAGCUACUACGCUAUGUGACUGGGCGGAGCAGGAUGCUGAACUCAAACCGAAACUUGCCACCAUUGCGAAGAACUCCCUAGUUGAAAAUGCCUCCGCCAACUUGGAUGAGCCCAAUGUUGCCGACUUGAUGCACACCAGAGUGCAGCUGGCCUUCGUCCUCAUAUCGAAACUCGUUGCGCUCAAGGUUUCGGGACAGGAGAUGGCAGACCUUCUUGAAGCGGCUUGCAAUUUGGUGAGAGCGGCCCCUGCCGACUACGACGUUGCCACUGUUCCGGAGGACAUGCACUACUAUCGCAGCGUGCUCCAGGUACUGUACCUAACUGUUCAACCACACAGCUACAGGUCCCAUGGUGCGCACUCCAACGGUGUCAAUGGAGCCAAGUCGGGGAACGUAAGCGCGGCUACUGCUUCUCGACUGGUGGAAAUUGUAGGACGAGUUGUAGUGCCUGGCUUUCGCGCACUGUGCGGAAACCUGCACAACGACAUGGCGCUCGCGCUCCCCGCCGACUUUGCUUUGAUCACGGCCCUGUUGCAAGUUAUUCUGUCGACUCCUGGUAUCAACUCGAUGUACGCGUUCUUGACGGACAUAGUCGCCGGGUCCUCGAUCAUACGAAGUGCACUCAGCCUUUACUCGUGGAGCGACCAGCUCGCAGAGGCUUCUGGUCAGGAUCCGGUCUAUGGCGAAGUGGCCGUCAUGUUUAUCCUGGCUCUGUCCACUAUUCGACCGAUCGCUGAACAGCUGGCCAUUGAAAGUGCUCUAGUCCAGCUCUCCUCCAGCAACCUCUCCAAUUAUUUCCGCAAGCCAGGAGGCAAGGGACCAUUUGAUGAGCCUCGUCGCAUGUUCGUGAUCUGGACUGAUGGGUUCUUACCGCUUUGCCUCAACUUGCUCGACUCAGUGGGGCCACCGAUCGCCGCAGAAGUGGCUGCCUUCCUUAACUCCUUCCCGGAGCAAUUGCGUCGGGCAGAGAGAUCUCUUCAGAACGAGCCGCCGAGCGCGCGUAAUCCGAGAGCUGGAGCCAUAACUCUUAGCCUCGUCUCGGAAGCACACAGCCUGUCAAUUAUCUCGAAAAUUCUCAGUUCCGAUGUUGCGCGAGCUGCCGCUGAGGGUAUCAAUGCAGCGGAAAUUCCGCCCCUGACCUACAACUUGGAGACGGUGAAGGGAGUUGUGGUAGGCCUCAACCGUGCCAAGAGGGCCUUGAAGGACCGCAUCACCCCAGUGACUUCCGUGGAGGAAAGCUGGCUCAAAACUGCAGUUGCCGGAUCCAGCGACAAUCUAUUGCAAGCGAAGGUGUUAAGAGAGGUAUCGAGCAUGGUGCAGUUCCUGGGAAGCUCGGAUGAGGCCUGA